GCCAAGAGCUGUCUACUGAAAGGGUUCACUUCUAGUCCUAGAGCUGAACAUUGUAGUAAAUGUUCUUCUAUUCCAAUUCCAAACAACUAGCCCCAAAUUAGAACCAACAGAUAGAGAGAAAGAAAGCCCACACACACAUUACACAUACUACUACUGUCUUUCUCUCUCCAGUUUUUGCGCUCUUUCCUUCCUCCUCAAAAUUUCAAGCUCCCUCUCUAACUUCCAUAUAUAUAUAUAUAUAUAUGCAAAUGGACGGUUUCCACUUCGAUAACUUGAAGGUGGAGAAGGCUAACGCCAUGCUAAGGUAUCGUCGCCUCCGAGAAAUUGCAAAAUUGUUUCGAUUCGUUGAGCUAUGCAUUGCUCUCGUUUUUCUCUCCUGGACUUCCGCUCGUCUUCCUUUCGCCGUCAGAAUCUCCGGCGAGUACUUCCGGCAGCUCAUUGCUAUCAUCGUUAGCCCUACUUUCAUCUUCGUACUCGGCAACAUGAUCGUCAUCACUCUCAUCGCCAAAUCCAGCCGAUUCUCCGCCAAAACUCCGAUCUCCGAACACUCGGAAACGGAUCUCUACGAUGAAUUCAUCAGAAACAGCGAGAAUCGCAUCAACUUCCGAUCAGAAAAUUUUACUCCGGUGACAGAACCAGAGGAGAUUGUGUACCAGGACAAACAGAUCAUAUGCGAGGCCAACACCGUAAUUACUCCAAACUCUGAUGCCAAUGGAUUAACAAAGGCCACUGAUACGAUUUCGGAAUCGAAAGCUUAUAGGAGGAGUCAGUCGGAGAACUUGAAGAGAGAGAAUUCGGAGAAGCCUUGCGGAAAAUUCCGGCGUUCGGAGACCGAGAAAUGCAGGAAGCUUGAGAGUUCCGGCGAGAUUCCGGCGGAGACGGUCGACAAACUGAGUAACGAGGAGUUUCAGCGCACGAUAGAAGAAUUCAUUGCUAAACAAGUGAGGUUCCGUCAAGAGGAAAAAAUGGCCAUUGUUCUUCACAACCAUUCCUGACUUCCAUUCAAAAAAAAAAAAAUUUAUUUAUGUAUUUUAAAUUUUCCCUUUUCUCUUUCGAAUUCUGCUCAGCACAUUGUACACUAGUAAUCUCAAGAUCUGGGCCGUUUAUCCAGUAUCAAUUGGUGAGAGAAUUUAAUCAGGAACGUCGGUAAGUUCUUGAAACAGGUGGAUAAAAGAUUCGGAAAUUUGUGUAAAAAGAUUGGUUUCGUAAUUGGUAGCAUAUUUUGAUACAUGUGUGCAUUAGGGUUGGGGGGAUAUGUUCCAUUUUUUUUUUUUUUUUCUUUAUUUUGUCUUUAUAGUGGAAGAAAAAGAUAUGGAAUGUAUGCCGAUAUAUAUAUGUGACGCAGACUAAUGACAUACAUGAAAACAAGCCUCCACUCUUUUAGUUUUAUUUAUUUAUUAUUAUUAUUUUUUUAUAUAAAAAAUUAGCCUUACUCUCUUUUGUUGCACCAUAAUUUCCAUUUCUCUUUAAUAUAUCCUUUUCAC